CAUUCAUCACCUUCCUCUUUAGGCUAAGCCGAGCUGUUUUAAACAUUACCUAUGAUGUAAAAUAGUUGUCCGCUAAGAAAUCUAAGAUGCAGACACGUGCUGGUUCUGAGAGGUAGGUAUCUCAUUCAUUCGUCGCAGUUGAUGCACGUUUUCGGUCUCAAUUACAAACAGCAGCUAUAACCACAACCCAACCGUAUUGGAUUUGCAAAGUUUCUUAAUACCAACACAUCCAGGUACUUUACCAUUACAGAAUGGCAAAUAAGGUCGAACUACAGCGGAAAGAUAUCAAGGGGGAUGUACUCGUUGAGGAAGCCGUCUUCAACAUUCUCAAUGAUUAUCUCCAACUGGACAGCUCUGUCUCUACUGCGCAAGUAGCCGCCGCCAUAUCAAAGCUUCCCCCUGAGCCAAAGAGCGGUAGCAAAACUUUGGAUGAUGGUUUCUUUUUUGAUUUAUGGGGAGGUAUCAUUUCUAUCGCAGAACAGAUCCCGUAUGAACAUGCCGCCCAGGAUAAACUAGUCAAGCUUAUAAGGGAGUUGACCCUACUGUCCGAUACUGGAAUCACUGUGUGGCAAUCUCGGCUGUGGACCGAUCUUCCAGUUCUCGCAGCUGCCUUUAGGGAAUAUCUUAAUGGACCUGCUCAAUCAAAGGUCAAAGAGGAACAGUUGCGUAUUGAUCAAGCUUGGGUACGGUUCCACGCUUUCUCCGCCAGGCUCAUGGGCGCUGGAGUCAUCCAUUUCGCGAACCAGCCCAUAUGGAUGCUGCGCGAUGCGCUUGAAGAGGAGAAGAACCCUCCAAAGAGCAGUGCACUAGACAGAGACUUGAUAACCGCGGCGACGUAUAUCGAGUUCUUUGGCCCAGUCCUAGUCGAAAGGCUGGCCGCGGAUCCGGACCCGGAGCUUUCCAACGAGGACCGCCGAAUGCUUAAGGGCGGAUCGCUUUUCCACGGGGAACCCGGAUUACGACCGGACCGCUGGUCGUUCUGGACUAGGAGAUUUAAGGAGGAGGCGGAGAAAACAAAUACUGACGAAGCGAGGGACAUUGCUCUACGAGCUGCUCGGUUGAUGGAGGUUUGGAGCGAGACAAGGCUGAAACCCCAAUAGGGCAGACAGCAGUGAGGAGCCAAACAUUUAGCCUAGAUGAUGAUGGUGAAUUCGUCUACCUAUAGACAUUCGAAUGCAAUUCAUGUAACGAUGUAUCGUCCUGUCCUGUAGAGCCUAUCCAACCUAAUAGCCAUACAUUCGGAUGUUCCGACUAGGCGAGAGAGCAUCGUCGUACCUAAGGGGUCUAAGGUUUAUUUGGCAAAAGAGUAGUGAGGAAGUCUCCAGCAGCUGCUAGGGGUUGUAGAUAAUAUUGUUAUGCGAAAUACCAUCCGUGGUUAUUGGUUUCACCUAAUAGAAGCGAGCACGAAUAACUAUGAACCUUGCAAAUGAAUAAAUUAUUUAGAUCAA